AUGAAGUCGACAUUCGCCCUCGCUGCUUUGGCGUGCUCUCUCUUCCCCUCUGCCAUUCUCGGUCAAGCAGACCCGGGCCCAUCGCCCACAAACUCUUAUGGCUGUGCCCCUCACAACGAUCACUGGUUCGUGCCCGAGUUCUCAUCUCUCCCCUACUACCAUCCAGUCCAAGCCCCUUCGAAGCCUUAUAUCAAACUAACCUCCCAACUCUCCACCAGGCAUUGUUCGGGUGCCAUAACUCCCACGGCAGCCAUCACACCGACAGUUUCCCCAAGUGCACCAGCUUCUGCCAUCACCUCCGCAGCGGCAACUACGGCCGCUCAUGAUGAUCAUGAUGACCAUGAUGACCACGACGACCAUGACCAUGACGAGAGCUCCAACACUGCAACUGGAACAGGCUCUGCCACACAAAGCGUAAUAGCGGCUCCCAGCCCCACUGAGUCAACGGGUUGUGUCCAACAUAACGAUCACUGGCAUUGCUCUGGUGCCAAAAGCACCUCUGGCACGGGGGGAGCAGCAAGCUCAUUGACAAGUGCUGCUGCCACUGCCAGUGGUGCUAUCAACAGUACGGGUGUAGCUUCGGCAACGCCCUCGAGUGUUGAGGCUAAUGGUGCCGCUGCCCGGGGUGCUGGCGUUGGUGUCCUCGGAAGUUUCUUGAUGGUUAUUGUGCCAUUGGCCAUUUAA